AUGUCGGAGGACAUAUCAAUUCUUGCAUCAAGUAGAAGAAAACAUUACGGGACAGUUGAGCCGAGUACUGCAUGCCGACUAAAGCCUCACAAAUUAUACCACAUAUCACCUGGAGACACCCUGGUGUCUAUCGCAGUAAAAUAUGGCACCACUGUGCAACAUCUGAAAAUGUUGAAUCAAUUAUGGACUACCGAUAUAUCCAGCUUGGAGUGCAUAAAAGUCCCGGAUGAAUCAGCUACCAGUGGUUCUGAUAUCGGAAGUACCAGCCAGUCUAUCGAAUUGGCUACUGUCACUACGAAAUCGGUAUCUCGAAAUACUGUGCAGGGAGAGAUACUGGGCAGACAGUCCAACCAUAUUGCUACAGAUGAACAUCAUGAAGUUGACGCAUCCGAGUACUUGAAGUCGCUUUUUGAACAUGCCCAUCGAGCCAAGCAAUGUGCAUCCGCUGUCCUACAGAAUAGCAAGUUCAAACCCCUGGUUACCAAUACAGUGUUUUGUAAACGACGUCAGUGGAAAACUGGUGUUAUCUCAUUCGAUGACGUACAAACUGGUCGGUUGUCCCUAGAAUAUCUUAAAAAGCCGCUUUUGUUCUGUGCCAGCGGUAUUGCCGAUGCCGUAAAUGCAGAAGCAUUCUUAAACUAA